CGCGUUCGCACCAGUACCAUCACAAUCUGCGUAGGUACCGACUACGUACGUGCCGUUCGUUCUUCGGGCCCGUUAUGUACCGCGUGUGAUACCGGCUCGUCGCGCUUGUGGAAGAAGCUAGUAGUACUUGCUGACGUUGAACCCGUGGACGUACCUACGGCAGCAGGAUUCGAGCUUUGAUUUUUCGGUUUAUUCGGAUUCGAUUUUGAUUCUAUGGUGAUUAGUUGUGUCGGAGAGGGUUUGGAGUGGACAUGGGACAUUAUAUGGGGGACAUUGUCUGAUGUUGACGUUUGAGUUGUUCAAAAGGUCCAGGAAAUAUGCGGAGAUUAAUCUGCCCACUUAGGCGUACCCUUUCUGCAUUUGUUUCUGGAUUUUUUUUAUUGCUGAUUUUUGAUUAUGUGGAUGGCGGAGGGGGCGGUGGAGGUGAACUGUGGCCGAUGGACAGACCUGAUGGAAUGCCCGCUAUCCAGUCCUUGGAGGUUAUGUGUGGAAAAGAUCAUAUGGACGUCCAUCUGUCGUUUUCACAGCCCUUCGAAGGAAUAGUGUCUAGUAAAGGUCAACAUGGCGAUCCUAGAUGUGUUUACGUACCGCCAGCUACAGGACAGACAUUUUUCUCUUUUAAAAUAGCGUACUCGAGAUGUGGUACCAAGCCAGAUCUACAUGGCCAAUUCUAUGAGAAUACCGUGGUGGUACAGUACGACAAAGAUCUUCUAGAGGUGUGGGACGAGGCCAAAAGACUCCGCUGCGAGUGGUUCAACGAUUAUGAAAAAACCGCGUCCAAGCCACCCAUGGUCAUCGCUGACCUUGAUGUCAUUCAACUGGAUUUCAGAGGUGAUAAUGUAGACUGCUGGAUGGAGAUCCAACAUGGGAAAGGUCCAUGGGCACCCCCUGUGAGUGGCAUUGUACCAUUAGGAUCAACAUUAACUUUAGUUGUCGCCAUCAACGAUUACAGAGCUUUUUUCGAUGUAUUUAUGUUAUCCGAUAGUAAAGCAGCAAUAAAAGCGAUCAACUGCCUAGAGGAGCUAAAUAGAUUAAGCAAAGAUAAUAAAAUCCUCUCCUAG